GAGAGGGUAGACGACAAAAAGGAGAGGGGGUGAUGUAUAGUUUGGUUAUAUGUCGACGACGGUCAGUGCACAACAAAUGGUCGACAUGUUUCAUCAACGAUGCGGGCACCGUGUUAUUUUGACGAACAACAAUUGCACGGCUGUACGAGACUUCUCAGAGUACAAUUACGGGCUGGUGUUCAGCGCGGAGCCGCUCAAGGAUGACGAGCUGUUCGAAGUUCGUAUCGACAAGAAGAUGAUAUCAUGGACUGGUAGUAUAGAGAUUGGGGUAACAGAAUGUGAUCCGGAAGUGAUAGAACUGGCUGCCUGUGCCGGCAACCUCUCUCAAGGAACAUGGAUCAUGACCAAGUCCUGUAUAGUCCACAACGGAGCCAGGACAGUGGAAACGUAUGGGAUGGACCUGAGCACCUUGGAAGAAGGAAAUACUUUAGGAGUAAUGAGAACAUCCAACAAUGAUCUGGUAUUUUAUAUAAACGGCAUCUCUCAGGGUGUUGCCGUGUCGAACAUACCAGAACGGAUUUUCGCGGUUAUAGACAUGUACGGCGAUUGCGUACAGGUGACCAUAACACAUCCUCAGACUGCCUCCGUUCUGUCUGUCGAGCCUAAAGACGAAGUGGAAAUAAACAACGAUUACGCCCUCGGGGAGGCGUCCAAUUCAUCCACGGCCAAUCUAGUCGCUAAUUUGAAUGUUAAUUUAAACGUUAAUGUGAAUGUGAAUUUACCGAAGAACCCGAGCCUUGCCGCGAUCAGAGAGGAUAGACUGAGGUUUCACGAGAGAGUAGGCACGCUGGUGAAGCUCUCGAACAACGCCAGAACGGCUGAGAGAAGAAGACCUUUAGAUGAAUUUAAUAAUGGGGUGGUCAUGACUCAUAGGCCGUUGAGGGAUAACGAGUUGUUCGAGGUACGAAUCGACAGGCUUGUGCACAAGUGGUCAGGCAGCAUAGAAGUUGGAGUCACCAUGCACAGUCCAACAGCGUUAGAAUUCCCCGCAACGAUGACCAACAUGCGUUCAGGAACGACCAUGAUGUCUGGUUGCGGGAUCUUGGUGAACGGGAAGGGCACGUGUCGUGAAUACGGGGAGUUCAACUUGGACGAGUUACGGGAAGGAGACAGGGUAGGCAUGAUAAGGCGAAGUAAUGGGAAUCUUCAUUAUUUAAUUAAUGGUUUAGACCAAGGUAUUGCUGCUAAAGUACCUGCAGGUGUAUGGGGCGUUAUCGAUCUCUACGGCAUGACAGUGAAAGUAACGAUCGUGGAUCGAGACGAAAGAGAGGAACAGAAUUUAGUUACUAGAAGAAACACGUUGCAGCUACAGGGUUUAAAUGAAACGGAGGAAGAGCCACCGGAUAGGCUCAUGUUCCAUACCUGUUGCGGUACACAUGUGGAAGUGAUAAAUAAUGGUCGUACAGCGCACAGACCUAACGUAAUGGACGAUUUUAACAACGGCGUCGUGCUAACUUCGAGGCCCCUUAAACCAAACGAGUUGUUCGAGGUGAGACUGGACAAGAUCGUCACAAAGUGGGCCGGUUCCAUCGAGAUAGGUGUCACCACUCAUUCUCCCACCGAACUGGAGUUCCCUUUCACUAUGACAAACGUUAGAUCCGGCACGUGGAUGAUGACAGAGAACGGUGUGAUGCACAAUGGAACCGCCAUUAUAGUUCAAUACGGACAGAAUCUCGACCGAUUGCAGGUUGGUGACCGUGUUGGUGUGAUGCGAAAGGACAAUGCGACGUUGCAUUUUUAUGUAAAUGGGGCCGACCAAGGAGCAGCCGCGAUGAACGUGCCCGAAAGGGUCUAUGGUGUGAUCGACCUUUACGGACAGGCGGCGCAGGCCACUAUAGUGGACAACGCAGACUUUUACAGUCCUACUACGAAUAAUUCGAGCUUCAGCAAUACCACCUUGUAUAGUGACUUAAGGUUUCAUCACAUACACGGCAAGAACGCUAAGAUCAUAAACAAUGGAUUGACUGCUUUGAGGCCCAGAGCUUUGGGUGAAUUCAACGAGGCGAUCGUGAUUGCGAACCGUGCGCUUAGGGACGGCGAGAUGUUCGAAGUGACCAUCGAUAAAAUGGUGGACCGAUGGACAGGGGCGAUCGAAGCCGGUGUGACGGUUAUAAGGCCCGACGAAUUGGUGUUCCCGUCGACGAUGACCGAUAUCGAUCACGAUACCUGGAUGCUGUCCGGAUCGAACGUUAUGCGGGAUGGUGUUACUUUAAGGAAUAAUUACGCCUGCGAUCUGGACAAGCUAGUAGAGGGUAAUAGAAUCGGUAUGAUGCGAUGCAUGGACGGUACUUUGCAUUAUUAUUUAGACGGGAUUGAUCAGGGAGCCGCCUGUACUGGUUUACCAUCGCAUGUGUAUCCGGUGAUCGAUUUAUACGGUCAAUGUGUUCAGGUCACGAUAGUACUGCCAGAACGCAGGGAUCCAAUGACCCAACAGUAUUUACCAUCGGAGAACAGUACUAGUCAGCAGCCUACGUCCGUGAUCCAGCUGCAAGCUCAAACGGAGAUCAUGCAUAAGUUCCACGAAUCAGCUGGCCUGAAUAUUCAGCUGAACAGCGAUCGAACAGUGGCGACCAGGGAAUACAAUAACUGUCGGGAGUGCGAUAAUGCUAUAUUGUUGAGUGAAACGCCAUUAGAGAACAACGAGCUGUUCGAGGUCGCCAUUAAAGAGGUUGCACGGGAGUGGAGUGGUUGUUUGAAGAUUGGAGUGAUCAGCGCUGAAAGCGGAAAUUGGUUGACGUUUAUGAAUCUUGUGACUGUUAUGGGAUCGAUUCCAGUCGAUGCUUGGUAUUUAGCAGGUAACGAGGUCAGACACAACGGUUACGUUCUCUGCAUGAAUUACUGUCCAAGUCUAGAGUGGCUACGGGUGGGCGAUAAAAUCGGCAUGAAACGGACGCACGAGAGUAACUUGAAGUUCUACAUAAACGGCGAGGACAUGGGGGUGGCAGCGUCGAGCAUACCGGAAAGCGUGUACGCUGUGAUCGAACUUUUCGGUGCGACUGUGGCUGUGAAUACAACGAGUAGCAAGCAGCAGAACGCUGCUGUCUCGCCGAAUGCCAGCUGGAGGCUGCAGGACUCGUUGGAAUUGUUGCUGGACCCUAUGCCUCCUGUUCUACGAAACGAUGCCGGAAUGGACACAUCGGUGGACGUAUCCGAGGGAAAGUUGGCGAACGAGGCGACGCUUACGCCGACACAGCCUGCUGUUCAGGCGACAGACGAAAUCGAUUGGAAUUACGAGUUCCACGAGAACCAUGGACGAAAUAUCCAAUUAGAAACGAAAACGAACGCGCGGAGGGUAGCUAGCUAUAAUCAAGGUGUCGUAAUGUCUAGUCGUCCCCUGAUAAAGUACAAGCCGUUCUGUGUGAAAAUAGACAAGACCAAUGACCGAUGGGUUGGUAGUCUUUUCUGCGGGGUAACCUGCAUCUCACCGGAGAAAGCGAAUUUCCCGUUGACUGCUCUUGGUUUCAAAAAACACUCGUGGAUCAUCUGCAGCGACUGGGUGUCCCACAAUGGUAUCAGGGUGAAAACGAAAUACGGGUCUGCUUUGGAGAGUCUGCAGUCGAAUACCGUGGUAGGUUUGGUGAUUGACAGCGACAACGGAUUACGUUUGCUGAUCAACGGUAUCGAUCAAGGGGUCGCUGCGACGGAUCUACCCCCUUACGUUUACGCCGUGAUAGAUUUAUAUGGCCAGUGUGAACAAAUUUCCAUCGUAACUGAGACAUUUUUACCUGGUUUCGUCGAUUACCCCGGGACCGUGGCGGAGUCUACCAGAGCGAAGAUAGAGGACACAGAAAAUUCUAGGGAAAAGGCUGACUUGGAGUGUCACGAGAAGGAAAAUAUCGUCGCAGCUGCGUCCUUGGAUCUGUCUUCGUCUACCUCCCCGAGUGUGUCCAGUCAGUGCAGCUCGAAUGUCAAGGCCGAUAAUAUCGUAGAGUAUUCCGGGUUGAGCAACGACAAUGCUCAUUUAACGAAUAACAUAGAGAACAAACCGGACCCUGAGGUGCCCGACAGCAACAACUUGGAGCCGAGUACAGAUACAAGUAACGACACCCGAAACGUUCGCAGUAAAAGCUACGACAACUCGAACCAGUUGAAUCACAGCGAGUGUACAAAUGUAGAGAUUAAUAACGCGACGAAUAUUAAUAUUAAGAAUUGCACGGCGAACAGCACCAGCAACAUGAAUAGCUUGAACAGCAACAACGCGAUAAACGCAAGCAUAGCGUCCAACAGUCAACGGAAUAACUUGAGUUCCAGCCACCAGAGCGUGUUGACCUCGUCGCAGACGUUCUCUUCACAGAAUACUCUGAGCAACGCGACGUCGGACAUCUCGAACACCGUUUCCUCUGGCUUCAGUGAGAUGCGGUCGAACGUGUCUUGGAACAAUACCGUGGAUAACAAUUCCGUUACCGGGAACACGACCCUGUCGGGACAGAAUACGAUUUCGAAUCACAACGGGUCGUAUCUGCAAUUGCUACAAGCUCCGUCCAUAACCACUGGAACGAAUGUUAUUUCGUCGAGAAAGUGCGAGUACUUGAAGGCCUGCAUGAGGCUAAAGAAGUCGUUGGUCUUGCCCGAUGAGUUUUUCGCUCUGGAGGACGUACUGUGUUACUGUAGCGGCUGUUAUAAAGUCGAAGGGGACAGUGCAAUCUGCAGAAAAGGCGAUCCGCCGGCAGACUUCGCUGUACCAGUUGGCUGGACCAGGUUCCCGUUGAAGCAGAGUAUCAAUGCCAGUCAGAUACCACAGAACACCACAGACAAAUGGCAUGUUGCCUUUUAUGGGAUACGUCUGGACGCAAUCAGAUUGAUCUUGGACACAGGGGAAUUAAUGACGAAGGAGCAGCUGGAUGUUAGUAACGUGACAAUGAACGCAAAAGCGGAGGACCAGAAUCCUCAGGUAGCUUUCUCCCCGAGUAUAAAGUACGCCGCGUCCGAAGAGUUCACCAGAAGGUAUCCAUACAUCGACACCCAGUCAAACAAAAAGCUGAACGCCUCCACGGCUUUUCAGCUGCUGGUUAGACCUGGUUCAUACACCAUCAGUCCCGACGUGACAGACGGUGGUGUUUCUGAAUUCAAGUACAGCAAAUGGGCAACCAAAGAAGCAGGGGCCACAGUGAUCGUGGCUCUCUUGAUUCACCUAGAUGGAUUUUAAUCAAGAAUUCAACCUUCCCCAACCCCCCACGAACAGUGUGAGAACGUUUCCAGAUUGUGAUUCGCAGUGAGAGAACGAGAGAGAGAGAGGCGUGUGUUGUUUUCGUUUGGAAGAUGAACGAGUUGUGUACAUAAGGGCGUUGCAUAACGUAAUAUAAUUAUCGUAAGAUUUUUUAAGGGCAAUUUUUUAUCUUAAAUUAUUCCAAGUCGAAUCUCCGCUGUGUAAUUGUACAUUUUAUGUUGAAUUCUGCGUUAGGUACUUCAGUAUGAACACCCCAGCGAUCUAGGGGUACUGCUGUUCCAUAAGGAUCUGUGUUUUUCGAGAGUUUCCUAGGUUACCUUCCGCCUUAGUUCAACCUUGCGAUUGUUAGAACCCGAGACACAGGUGUAAUUGUUCAUUGACCGUCGAUCGAAGCGUUACUCUAAUCGGUUCGUUGAAAGUA